GUCUCUGCAACUGCAAAUUACAAAAUCUACAAGAAUCAGAAGUUCAAAACCCAUAAAUUUCAGUUUAUCCAUCUGUCUGCAAGAAUUAAAAGUUCAAAACCUAUUACCUAUAUAUCUUUCAGUUUCAAUCGCCCGCUGUUCCAGUUCUGGUUCGCCGUUCGCAAGCUUCAGCCACUGUCUCUCAACUCUUAAGCUUGCCCCCCUCUCUCUCUGCAACUGCUAACUUGUAUGUAUGGGUUUUCUUUAAAUUUUUUUUUUUUUAAAUCAACUAAUCAACUGCUAACUUGUAUGUAUGGGUUUUGUUUUAAAUUUUUUUUCUAAAUCAACUAAUCAAGGUCUGUAAUUUUUGUUUUGCAAACUAAAUCCUAUUUGGUGAAUUCGAUGGUGUUGGAAGGGGCUUGCCAUGAACUACCUCACACUCUGCUUCCACUAGUAGAUUCUCAAAUAGGAUUAGUAAAUUGGUCAAAAGAAGCGAUAGGGUACUGAGUGGUGAAUUGUUCAGAAAUAAAUUGGUAAUUUUUUUUUAUUAAUUACCCAAAUAGGAUUUUCUAUGCCUUAAUCAGUCAAUUGUAUAAAGAAAUAUUCUUAAGUAAGAAUUAAACAACAGUUGAUUUUGGUUGAUACAUUUUUAUUUAGCCCACCCCAUUGAGAAAUCCUGGAUAAGCCAUUGGAUCGAUGAAUAUCAGAUCUGUUAUUAUUGGACUUUUACUGGCACACCUGUAAUUAGGUAAUUUUUCCCCAAUAUGGAAAGCUCUAAAUAUGACAUCAUAUUUUAAAGCCUAUUGUAUUGAAUUUUCUCUCUUGUCCAUUCCGUUUUCUGUGGCUCGCAUGAUUUGACCCAAUGUUAAGCCAAAUGCAGCAAUGGAGGAAAUGAUCAUCAAUUUUCUCAUAAGAUUCGGGAUUUGGAGGUAGUGAAGUCUUGGGUAUUCAUCUGGCUUUGGCAAGGGUUUCUGAUGGCAGCUUUGAAGGAGCUUCUUCCACCAGUGAAAUCGACUGGGAGUUCGCAUUACGACCACUCCAAUGAUCCGUGGUUCAAGCAGAGGUACAGCGCAACUGAGGCCGAACAAUCUGCUGCAAUCAAAGCAAAGCCAGUGCCACCAUACUUGAAGAGGGAUGGCUUUAAGCCAUCUAAGCCUGAAGAUUUUGGAGAUGGAGGGGCGUUCCCGGAAAUUCACUAUGCCCAGUACCCUCUUGACAUGGGUAGGAAGAAAGAUGCAGCUCCUGGAAGGAAGACGCUGCCCGUCACUGUUGAUGAGCAUGGUAAUGUGAGAUAUGAUGCAAUUGUGAAGCAAAAUGAGAAUGCUUCUAAGGUAGUUUAUUCACAACACAGAGACCUUGUGCCGAAGAUUUUGAAAAAUGAUGAAGAGGAAGAGAACUUGGAUGUUGAGUUGGAGAAAAAGAUUGAGGAGACAACCCAGGAGACAAAAGCAGCUCUUGAGAAAAUUGUGAAUGUGAGGUUGAGUGCGGCACAACCAAAGAACGUGGCAACACAGUCUUCUGAUUCGAAAUUCAUCAAAUACAAGCCAUCGCAACAGUCUGCCGCUUUUAAUUCUGGUGCAAAGGAGAGGAUAAUAAGGAUGGUUGAGAUGCCCGUGGAUCCCUUAGAGCCACCAAAAUUCAAACACAAGAGGGUUCCAAAGGCAUCUGGUUCUCCACCCGUGCCAAUCAUGCACUCCCCACCUCGUCCUGUGACUGUGAAGGACCAGCAGGAUUGGAAGAUCCCACCAUGUAUUUCGAACUGGAAAAACCCAAAAGGGUAUACAAUUCCACUUGAUAAGCGUCUUGCAGCAGAUGGUAGGGGACUUCAGGAGGUUCAGAUUAAUGAUAAUUUUGCGAAGCUUUCAGAAGCACUGUAUGUUGCAGAACAGAAAGCUAGAGAGGCAGUGGCGAUGAGAUCUAAAGUUCAGAAGGAAAUGAUGAUGAAGGAGAAAGAAAAGAAAGAACAGGAAUUGCGUGCUUUAGCUCAAAGGGCGCGGUCUGAGAGAACUGGUGUGGCACCCCCAGCUGCAGUUCCGAUGCCUUCUGACAAAACUAUGAUGGAUGUUGAUGAUAUAAGGGGGGAUUAUGAGCACGUGAAGGAUAAGGAUGCCCCAAGGGAGACAAAGGUGGAAAAGGAAGAGCGAUUGCAGAGGGAGAAAAUUCGAGAGGAGCGGCGCCGAGAAAGGGAGAGGGAAAGAAGGCUGGAGGCCAAGGAUGCAGCAAUAGGAAAGAAGAGUAAGAUCACUAGAGAUAGAGACCGCGAUGUUAGUGAAAAAAUUGCUCUUGGGAUGGCCUCUGCUGGAGCAGGAAGAGGAGGGGAGGUUAUGUAUGACCAGAGAUUAUUUAACCAGGAGAAGGGAAUGGAUUCUGGGUUUGCUACUGAUGAUCACUACAAUGUUUAUGAUAAGGGCUUGUUCACUGCUCAACCUACCCUUUCGACACUGUACAGGCCAAAGAAAGAUGCUGAUUCUGAUAUGUAUGGAGGUGCAGGUGCAGAUGAGCAGCUGGAUAAGAUCAUGAAAACCGAUCGCUUUAAACCUGAUAAGGGUUUUGGUGGUACCUCUGGUAAGACUGGUCCAAGAGAUAGGCCUGUUGAAUUUGAGAAGGAAGCAGAAGAAGCUGAUCCGUUUGGUUUAGACCAAUUCUUGAUAGAGGUGAAGAAGGGUAAAAAAGCCAUGGAUAAAGUUGGCGGUGGAGGAACUAUGAAAGCAAGUGCUGGGUCCAUGCGAGAUGGCCAUGAAGGAUCUGGUAGAACUCGUGUUGCCUUUGAAAGAGGGCGUUAGGCAGAGUUUAAGGCCCUGCUUGGAUUAGAACUAUGAAAACAACUGUUUUCAUGGUUCCAAAAAACUGAAAACUCUUAAAUUGGUCUACUUGGUUCUGUGUUUAAAAAGUGUUUUUGAAAAACUGAGUUAAAUGAGUUCAGGAUUUUGGAGAACAACUUUGGGCUGUUUUCUGAAUUUUCUAAAACAUAUUCUAUGUUGAGGGAAAACACGGAGAACAAAGUUCACUUAAAAAAAAUGACGAAACCCUUCUUGUAUAUAACCUCAGCCGUACAAGCCCUCCUUACAAUCUCUCUCAAGCAUUUUCUCUCAGAUUUCUUGGUACAACCUCUCUUCAACCCGUCUUUCAGUUUCUUGAAGCUCGUCUAAUGAUGGUCGAUCUGCGCUUCUCUGCCUGCGGUUGUCUCUCUUCGUUCGGGUAAAACUCUCUCACAGAGUCAUUGAUAUUCUGUGGUUGUUCACACUUCCGAUUUGGGUUGAGGGUUGAAGAUUUUCUUUGGUCGUGUUAUUUUCUGUGGUUGUUUACACUUCCCAUUAAGGAUUUGAACUCUCCCCAAUCUCUCUUGAUAUUGGUAUCUGAUUAUUCAUAUUUGGGUUCUCCGUUGGAUGUGAA